AUGUGCUCCUUCCUCCUCAUUUUCGUGAUUAUUUUUGCGAUUUUGGCCGCAGUAAUCUUGGUCAUCAGCAGUUUCCUUGCGGCUGAGUUGUGUCCCUACGUGUGGCAGGCAAAAGGGGUCAAUCAAAGUGAUUACGUGUUAAAUAGUUUUGUAGAUCAAAAUUGGCCCCCAAUAUCAAACGACCUGCUUGAUAUGCCAGCACCGAAUAACGUAUUGUUCGCUAUCGGCAACACCUGCAAACCAACUCCAUCAACCGAUCCAAAACUUCUUCCCAGUAUUGGAGUCAAUAAAAUAGCCAACUUAACUAAACUUUCCGAUGAUCCUAACAUUGUCGAAAAAUUUGAAGAGAUGAGCAAGGACAUGGCUGACCAAAUCUCGGCAAGUAUUGAUCCUCAAAUGAUAACUUCAAUCGAGGAGUUAAGAAGAAUGAAAGAUGUUCUUACUCAAUUCCUACAAACUGUGGAAGCUGAUAAAGCUGUGGUGGAGUUGAAGAAAUUUACAGAAGUUAAGAUUGAAGAGUUAAGGGAUCUUCGAAGAGGUGUAAAUGAUCCAACACAGGCCAACAAGUUGACAACUGCAAUUGAUGACCUCGAAAAACUUAUGUCGAAAGUUAAAGAAGUUCAAAGAGGAUAUGAAGGAGUGGAUGCCAAGAACCGGUUACCAACAGAAUUAGAAGACUACCUGAAUAAAGUCAAAGACAUUUUGGAGGUACGAUUUCGUUACAAGAUAUCGUUAUUUUUAACUACUCCCUAA